AAAAACGGAGUCAAAUAAUGUGCUUGAGCAUUCUCUCAUCUCACACAGACACCGUGUUUGCCAUUCUCAACAAUUAACGCGCUAUUCCCAUCAUUCCCCCCUUGCUCAUCUGACCAAUCCAAACACGCCUGAUUAAUUCCUCCAAUCAGUUAGGGUUCUGUUAGCUGAGAAUGGGAGGCGUUUGCACAGGUGGCACGAUUAAGCAGACCACGAGCCCUGAUUUUCAGCACAGAGCUGAUUCGAGUACGAGUACUCCGAGCUCCGGCUUCUCCGGGAAGCUGAAAUCGAUCAAGAGCUUUGGGGGAAAGCAGCAGAAGAGAAGGAAGGAUAGUGAAGGCAGUGAUGAGGUUGUUGAUUCGGCGUCGUUUGUUGCGAAUGCGGAGAGGAAGAAGACGCACCAUAUUUUCGACUCCGGGGAGCUUCAUUUCUCGAUUUCCAGGGAAUUGAAGUCGUCUUCGACUCCUGUUCGGAAUCACGCAGCCAAGGGACCUCAUGCGAGCUCAUUUCUUGGUAAAGCUGGCAUUGUAGGCUUGGAGAGGGCAGUUGAUGUCCUGGAUACACUAGGUAGCAGCAUGACAAAUUUAAAUGCUGGAAGUGGAUUUGUAUCAAAUAUGGCUUCAAGAGGGAAUAAAAUAAAUAUUCUGGCAUUUGAAGUAGCUAACACCAUCGCCAAAGGUUCAAAUUUGUUACAGUCUAUUUCAGGAGAGAAUGUCCAAUUCCUUAAAAAGGAAAUACUCCAUUCUGAAGGAGUACAACUUUUAGUUUCUACUGAUAUGACGGAGUUGCUUAGAAUUGCUGCUGGUGAUAAAAGGGAGGAAUUUAGCGUCUUUUCUAGGGAAGUAAUCAGGUUUGGGGAUCUGUGUAAAGAUCCACAAUGGCACAAUUUGGGACGUUAUUUUUCCAGAUUGGAUACGGACCCUGCGACACAAAAACAACCUAGGGAAGAGGCAGAAAAGACGAUGCAAGAAUUGACCAAUCUGGCUCAGCACACUUCCGAAUUAUAUCACGAGUUACAUGCUUUAGACAGAUUUGAACAAGAUUACCGAAGAAAGCUCGAGGAGGUGGAGUCUUUACAUCUUCCUCGAAAAGGAGAGGGUCUGGUGAUAUUACAUUCUGAGCUAAAGCAUCAAAGAAAACUUGUGAAGAGCUUACAAAAAAAAUCUCUCUGGUCCAGAAAUCUGGAGGAAAUUGUAGAGAAGCUCGUUGAUAUAGUGACAUUCAUUCAUCAAGACAUCCUGGAAGCUUUUGGAGAUAAAGGUGUGAUACCUACCGAAAAGCCUUCUAGUAAACCUGAAAGACUAGGCGUUGCUGGUCUUGCUUUACAUUAUGCUCAUAUAAUCACUCAAAUAGAUAACAUUGCAUGUCGACCUACAUCUCUCCCUCCUAAUACGCGAGAUGGGUUGUACAAUGGGUUGCCAAUCAGUGUCAAGACAGCAUUGCGUUCUAGGUUACAGGCAUUUGAUGUGAAAGAAGAGCUUACAGUUCCUCAAAUUAAAGCUGAAAUGGAGAAGACUCUCCAGUGGCUUGUUCCAAUUGCAGCAGACACUACCAAAGCGCAUCAAGGUUUUGGUUGGGUUGGAGAGUGGGCAAAUACUGGCAUGGAUUUUGGUGGCAAGAAGACUGGCGCGAACAGUAGUGUGAUUCGUCUACAAACAUUGUACCAUGCAGAUAAACAAAAGAUGGAUCAGUACAUACUUGAGUUGGUGGUUUUCCUUCAUCGUCUGAUUAAUCUAGUUGGCUACAGAGACAACGGAUUCAAGGCUUUGCCAGUUCGAUCACCCACUAGCAGAGGAGUAAUUCCUCAUAUUGAGACACAAGGACCAUCGUCAUUAGACAACAAGUAUGAAGUCCAAGACAAAAAAAUUUCUUCGGAGGACAGAAAUUUGUUAGAAGAGGUGGUGAAGCAGAGGAAAAUGAUUACUGGGAGAAGCAAAAGUCAAGAAUUUGUUAUGGGCAGAAGGGGAUCAACAAAAGUUUGGGCAUUAAGUAGGAGCACUGGAAGUUCUCCGAGAAGAUUCUUGCAGCAGGGGCAUCAAAAGUCCAGCAUUUUGGAUAUAUUGGAUGGUAUGGAUCAACAUGAGCUUUUUUCAAGCUAAGCAUGUAUAUCACAUAUUUUUAAUUAUAUUUGUUCCUUAAAUGACUUGCUUUGUAUCCGGUUGUAUAUAUCAUUAUCUGCAGUCAGAUAUUAUUGUAUGAUAGAAGAAGAGUUGUUUCGAUAUCCUGAAAAUGUUAGUAUUAAGAUAAGUGGUGAAAUAUGAAAUAUUUGGCACAAAAGAAAGAUGUUUGUAUC